AUGCUGAGCUGGCUGCGCCGGCAGCGCCCGCCGGCCUCGGCGGCGCCGGUGCCGGAGCCGUGCCCGGUGUCGGCGGCGCUGGCGGCUCUGUACCGGCGCAAGCUGCUGCCGGCCGAGGAGCUGUGCGGGCGCGCGGGGCUGCGCCGGGCGCCGCUGCUCGACGCCGACUUCCAGGCCAAGCCCUGGGUGCUGCUGCUGGGCCCCAGCGGCGCCGGCAAGAGCUCGGUGCUGCGGUACCUGCUGGAGGAGGCGCCGCCGGGCCCCGCGCCGGGCGCCGCGCCGGCCGCCGACGCCUUCGUGGCCGUCACGCACGGCCCCGAGCCCGCGCUGCUCCCCGGCAACGCCGCCGUGGUGGACCCGCGGUGGCCGUUCCGGCAGCUGGAGGCCUUCGGGGGAGCCUUCCUCAACCGCUGGAGGCCUUCGGGGGAGCCUUCCUCAACCGGCUAUGACUUCCCGGGCGUGCUGCGCUGGUUCGCGGAGCGCGCGGCGCUGGUGCUGCUGCUGUUCGACGCGCACCGCCUGGACGUGUCGGAGGAGCUGGCGGCGGCGCUGGCGGCGCUGCGGGGCCACGAGGAGAAGCUGCGCGUGGUGCUCAACAAGGCCGACGCCGUGGGGCCGCAGCAGCUGCUGCGCGUCUACGGGGCGCUGCUCUGGAGCCUGGGCCGCGCCCUGGAUCUGGGGGGGUUUGAGAGGUGUUUGGGGUCUCCCAACGCCGCCACGCGCAAGGUCAACGACCUGGUGAAACGGGCCAGGGCCGUGCAGGUGCAGGCGCUGCUGCUGCGGCGGCUGCGGCGGGAGCUGCCGGCGCUGCCGGGCGGGCGCCGGCGGCGUCUGGAGCAGCGGCUGCCGGCGCUGCUGGCCCGGAUCCAGAGCGAGCUGCGCAUCCCGGCCGGAGAGCUGCACGACUGCGCCCACAUCCAGGAGCAGCUGCUGUCGCGGGAGCCAUCGCGGCUGCCGCGGCCGAAGCGGCGGCUGCUGGCGGGGCUGGAGGAGCUGCUGGGCCGGGACCUGCCGGCGCUGAGCCCGCUGCUGGCCCGCGCGGCGCCCGCCCAGCCCGGCGUGCGCGGCGGCGCCUUCGACGGGGCCCUGGGGCCCUUCGGCCGCGAGGACGACGACGACGACGACGACGACGACGACGACGACGACGACGAGUGGGUGGUGAUGAAGGACAAGGCCAAGUACGACGAGAUCUUCUACGGGCUGGCGCCCAGCGGCGGCAAGCUGAGCGGGCGGCGCGCCAAGGGCUGGAUGGUGGCCAGCAAGCUGCCCAGCUCCGUGCUGGGGCGCAUCUGGCAGCUCAGCGACGUCGACAGGGACGGCAUGCUGGACCACGAGGAGUUCGCGCUGGCCGGGCACCUGAUCGGGGCCAAGCUGGAGGGACGGGGGCUGCCCGCCGACCUGCCGCCGCGCCUGGUGCCGCCCUCCAAGAGGAGGCACAAGGGCUCGGCGGAGUGAGCCCGAAAAAUCCCAUUGAAAACCCCGAAAACCCGCCCAGAAAUAGCCAAAAAA